AUGUGCGACUCCGGCAGCCCUCUUGUGAAAGGAAUCUUGAAGAAGCCGAAAGAGGAUCACACAAUUUAUAUCCAUGAAGAUGCGUGGCUUCUUGUGAGUUUUCAUAAUAAACAAAAGUAGCACUUGGAAGUCACCUUCUCUAGAAAUAGAAAUAAGCUUCUGGUUGCUUAUUAUAAAAUGAUUCUUUUCAGCCCGAGCACGACAACGAACCCGUGUAUGACCCCAGAGACACCAGCGUGCGUUUUUUUUUCUAAAUAUAUUUUUCUCUAGAGAAAAUUAUCAGGCUAAGUCACUAUUUUUUCAGUUCGAGAGCUAUGACCCCCGCGAUGCCCCGGCAACUUGGCGAAUGAAGGUAACAUUUCUCUCAGAAAAAAAAAACAUUGACGCCUUUUUUUCAGUACUGGAACUUUAAGCGACACCUGGCUAUUUUGUUCCAGAAGAAAAGAGCUCCCUACGUUGAGGUAAGAAGGCAAUACAGUUUGAAUAAUCAUGAACUUUCAGAACGAUUACACUGAAAUCUUGUUCCAACGAGUUGCGGAAAGUAAAGAUUUUGAGAGUACUCCGUUCUCGGUGAGUCAGCUUUCAAAAAAUGAAUGAAUAUUUUUUUUGACACGAGAGUUGAGUCCGAUAAAAUGUUGAACAUAUACUUUUUGUUCAACUACCAAGUCUCUGACAAAAGAAUUAAAAGUUCUUAAGACUCGAACAAUAAUCUAUUAGUGCAAACUUUUCAUUGCACUCAGAACUUCGUUUUUCAGAUCCAUUCGUCGCCGAACAACCGGACUUCUCCAGUCAAAGUAAGAAGAAGAAAUGAAGUUUUUAAAUACAAGCAAAAUUUUAGGUGUGGAGUCUCGAGUCGUCUCCUCGUCUUGUUUGCGGAACAGAUUUUUAUCCACAAAAAGACGUGAGUUUCAGAUCAAUAUGAAGACUUCUUUUUUUCCAAAAAAAAUCCAAUUGAUUGACAUUUAAACAAGAACUUCAGGCUGUCAUGGCCGGAAUAGACGUCGAAAGGCACACUGUGGUGCAAUUCCAUCCGGAGCGUCGAUGCGUUACUUUUUGAUGUUCGGAGUUUGAUAAUUUCAUCUUUUAACAAAAAUUUUUCCAGGUGGAUUCUGCGCCGGAAGCGAUUGGUUGGGCUGUUGAGUCAUCCGCAAUUUCUUCCGACGGGCUUCUCUCGACAUGGGAUUCCACUUUGGAGGCUUUCAGCCGGGACUUGAUCCCCGGACGCCUCCAUUUUUUUCUCGACUCCUUGUUCUUCGUCUGUGAUCAAGGUUAGUUGAGCUCUUUCAUUGCCAAAAAACUUCAAAACUGAGGCAACACAUUCUAUUUUUUUUACGUGGUUUGAUUUGAAAUCCGUUUUUUUGUCACAGUAACUGAAUUUUUUCAGGACGACUGGCAGGAAGGAACGCCUAUCCGUGCUCUCGGAUGGUCGACGACGUCUUCCGAUGGCCUGCUGUCGUCAACGGAUUCCACCUUGGAGGCUAUCAGCCGGGACUUGAUCCCCCGGACGCCUCAAUCGUCUUCUACACGUUGUUCUCUUGGUUUGGAGACCACGUCUUCCAACGGAUUGUUGUCGACACUGACGUCUACUCUGUGCACAACGUCUUCCGGUCUUCUCUUUUCGAGUCCAUCUCUGACAAGAAGUCUUUCGUCUUCUCGCCUUUCUCUCAGGGUGAGUCAUAUUUGAACUCAUUUUCAUUUCUCUGAGAAUGGAAGACAUUCUCACGCAUUCUAGCAUGUUUUCCAGAACUUCCAUGUCCGUGGGGACCGAGAAAACGCCAAGAAUAUGAUCACCUCCAUGUGCGAACGAUCGUCCAGUGAACAACUUCUUGUAAGAAGAAUGAAUGAUAAGGUAACUUUUGCGAAAUUGAACGAGAUUACGAAGAACGAUUUUUCAGUUCAAGGAGCUGAUGUCCGAAGCUUCGGAUGAGUCGCCGGAAUACAACGAGAGUAUCACGACCAACGCUGCCAGCGACCAUUCAGUCCUGAUCCCCAACUUCUCUGGAUUGAGAAACGCGGUAAAUUUUUCCAGAUAAUUUAUUUAAUCAUUUCUUCUUGACAAGGUGUCAUGCAAAUACAGAAAAAAAUACGGAAAAUAUUUUGGUUGUAUGGGCUAAAUCUCGUGUAAGAAAGUUUCGGGCUAAUGAUAUUUGGCAAGAAAAUCUUUCAUACUUUCCGCUCAAUCCUCUUGAAGUACGAGCAUGACAUUUCUAUGAAAAUUUAACAAUUUUCAAUCGAAAUUCUUAUCUAGUACCUAUUUCAGACCUCCACUGGAUCCUUCGAAGUCGUCGCCACGUUUGGAGCCGCAUCCGAAUCAUUCUCCAGGUAAGCUUAUUCAGCCUUAGUGAAAAAUAACUAUUCGGAUUUCAGAAUGGAUGUGUAUGCGAGCGUCGAGGAAAGCCUCGAAAUGUUGGGUGACGUCAAAUCGGCGGCUAUUAAAGAAGGCAUCCGUGUGACGGGGUUUGUCAGAAACAGGAAAUUUCAGCAAAAAGAUAUUUUCAGAUUUGUGAGCUGUGCCAUUGGUUGUCCUUGCGAAUGUAAAGUUUUGCCUGCUCAUCUGGCUCAGAUCACAAAACUCUUGCUCCGCUUUGGUUGCACUGAAGGUAAGGAUUUUUUCCAUUGUUGGGUAUUUCGUCGAAAAUUGGUGCUUGGAAUAACAAAGUUGGGAUCCGUGUCUCUUGGUUCUGCAGGACUUUGGUGAAGACUUUCAAAAAAAAGUGAAGUCAAAAUCUUACAUUGUGAAAUUUUCAUGCUUCCCUUCUUAUCACGAUUUCUGUCAUUUCAAUAAUUCACGAAAACUUUUUCAGUCCACGUCAAAGAGACGAAAAUCGCACUGACGGAUUCAGCGGGAGACUUUAUCAAUAUUCGGCUCACGUCUACUCCCACGGAUGGAACUGCGGUACCGUCUGAAAACGCCAACGACAUGACACUUGUGGAUAUUCACAUUCCUGUCCAGGUCGGUAACCUGAAAAUUGCUUGAACUUUUGUUUUUGAUUGUGAGAAUCCAGUGUAAUUCUCGAGGUCAAGUAAUAAUUCUUCAUUUGAAUCAUGACAAGAGCCAAAAAAUUAGAAUAAAAAAUCUUUAUUUUUUCUUAAUUCAUAUGUAACUCUUUUUCAGAAAGGAAUUUGUGUUGGAAACACGUCGACCGGGGAAUCUAACGGAGUUCCUCAUCUGCCGUCCAAGGACAACACCGGGGAAGAAGCCGACGUCGUCAUCUACAAAUUCUAG